ACUUACACAUAUUUGCAUGACAACUGUACCAGCACUGUUCACCGGCAUUGAACGUGCCACGCUUCGAGGAUAAUACCGCGCUGACAACUGCAGCUGUAAAUAUUAUACGACCAUUGUAAAUUGUGAGAUAAAAGAUUAAGAAACGAGGAAGACAUCAGCUGCGAUGCAAGUGAGGUUGACCAUACUGGCCCUGCUCGCUGCCACGCUAGUGGAGGCUGCAGAGAAGACCACAGGAGUUCCGACCAACUGUGACCUCCUCGUGAUAGCUCACCGCGGCGCGAGCGGCUACGUGCCGGAGCACACGCUGGGGGCCUACGCGCUGGCAGUCACCAUGGGCGCCGACUACCUGGAACCAGACCUCGUCAUGACCAGCGACGGCCACCUCGUGGCACGACACGAGAACGAGAUCUCCCUCAGCACAGACGUGGCCGAGCGCCCCGAGUUCCUCGCCCGCUACAAGACGCAAACCAUCGACACCGUCACCGCCACCGGAUGGUUCACCGAAGACUUCACCCUGGCGGAACUCAAAACGCUUCGAGCCGUCGAGAGAAUACCGGCCGCUAGACCCGGCAACACCCGCAUGAACAAAACCUUCGAAAUACCCACCAUGCAGGAGAUCAUAGACCUGGCGAAAGGCAUGCAGGCAUUCACUAAACGACCUAUUGGAAUUUACCCCGAAAUCAAGCAUAGCACGCAUUUCCAGCGACUGGGCCUCGCGAUGGAGAGACCUCUCGUGGAUCUGCUGCACAAGAACGGCUACAAACAUGCUGACAGUCCAAUAAUGAUCCAAUCGUUCGAAGUGACCAACCUGAAAGAGCUGAAAAACUUGACUGACCUUCGACUGAUUCAGUUGUACGGGAGCAGAGGGAGUCAGCCGUUUGAUCAAUUCGGGCACUCUGGGCUCACCUACGGAGACAUGUCGACUUCGAGCGGUCUGCGAGACGUGGCUGACUACGCGUACGGAGUGGGGCCGGAUAAAAACUACAUCAUACCGAGAGUAGACGGGAAACUUGGGAACGUGACCGACUUUGUCCGGGAUGCGCACGCGGCUGGGUUGAAGGUGCAUCCUUACACGUUUCGAGCUGAAAAUGUGUUCCUUCCAGUGGAGUAUCAGAGUGGUUCCUUAGUGGAGGGGAUAGGCGACCUACGCGGGGAGAUAGAGGCGUUUGUAGCCGCUGGGAUCGACGGGCUGUUCGCUGACCAGCCCGACGUGGCCGCGGUCGUUAGGGGUCCCUGUCUGCCCAGUGCUUCCACUGUGUUAUCAGUCAAUUUAUACGUUUUCGCGCUUGUGACAUCCUUCAUAGUUUUACGAUAGAUAGGUAGUGUUUUAACAUAUUCUUUUGUUGAAAAGGGACUUGUUAUGGUUUGUCGACAAAUAGAUAAGUGUACUUAUGUAAAAGUACUUAAGUACUAAAGUACCUAAAUAAAGAUAGUGGCUCUCUAUUAAAUUGUUACUACUAAGUAUACAUAAUACUGUAGGAUUAGAUAACGAUGUGUACCGAAUGGUUAGUAUGUAUAGGUAUAACUUGUAUGGAAGUAGAUGCUAUGUAUAAUAUAGAGCUAUGUAGGUAUAUAAUAAUCAAAUUAUAAUGCAAGUACAAUAUUUAUUAUAAUAAAAUAAAAUUUAUUGUUAAAUUUACAAAAAUCUUUCUUCAUAGCAAAGCUUAAUAAUAAAAUAACAACAAUAUUUAUUCCAUAAGUUACAUAAUUAAGUUUAUUCAGGAAACUUUAUACCUAGUAAUUAUUGUGAUUGUGAUAAGUGACUAUAAGUACCUAGCUAGGUUUCAUCACAAAAAUUUAUGUAGGUACUUAAUAACUUACCUAUCAAGGUUAUAAGUGUUUAUAAAAGUAAAUAGUUUGUAGUUUAGAAAUAUUAUGUAAGUACAAUUAACUAUGUAAGUAAACUGUAAAGUUAGUUUAUACUUUAUCAAUAAAUGUGCUAGUAAAUACCUAGGUACUUACCUACCUAUUCCUAUUCCAUUAUGUAGUUAGUGAAAUUCAAUAUUUUUAUGCAG